AUGAAUUCCGGAGGAGGAAUCGUAGRUGCAGCAGCUCCUUCAAGCGGCGGUGGAAACGUGGAGUGGCAUGUCCGACCACCGAACCCUAAAAACCCAGUUGUCUUUUUCGAUGUCUCUAUUGGUGGCAUUCCCGCCGGUCGGAUCAAGAUGGAGCUCUUCGCCGACAUUGCUCCCAAAACCGCUGAAAACUUCAGGUCUCUUUUACUUCCUGAACUGACUCUGAUUCGAUUAGAUCCAGGUUCCAUUGGUUUUUAUGAUUAG